UCUUCGCCGACCGUAAUGGAGGUGCAGCAUCCCCGUCUCCAUAUUCAUGAUUUUCUCCCUCAAGAUCUCUGCAAGAUGAUUUGCGCACAGGAGCUCGAGUUCAUCCACCGCAGCUGCGGGGCGGUGGGUUACCGUCCUAACGUGUUCUCGACGACCCUCAGCCAUCUGGUGGCCACCAACUGUGCUCACCUUAUUCUUCCUUUCAUCGUCAUCAGGGAGAAGCUCAAGGAGAAGGUCGAGGAUUUCUUCGGAUGCGAGUUCGAGCUCUUCAUCGAGUUCACUGGCCUCAUAAGUUGGUGUAAAGGGGCCUCAAUUGGAUGGCAUAGUGAUGACAAUAGGCAUUACCUUAAGCAACGAGAUUUUGCGGCAGUAUGUUACUUGAACAGCCAUGGAAAGGAUUUUGAAGGUGGAUUUUUUCGCUUCAAGGAUGGAGAUCCUUCAUCUGUUGUUCCUUUUGCAGGUGAUGUUCUAAUCUAUACAGCAGACGAUCGCAAUGUACAUUCUGUUGAUGAGGUGCUGGAUGGUGAAAGGCUUACAUUAACACUUUGGUUUACCCGUAACCGAGUCCAUGACGAGGAUGCAAAGCUAAUUUCUCUCCUCUCCCAAAACUUAUCAAACCAUGUAAAAGAAAAACCUUAUUCUUUCUUACCCUCGCCGGCAUCAGAUAAUAUGUAUUGGUUUUCUGAUGGCACAUCGGGCUUUGAUAUACGCUGUGCCAGGAUUCAAAACCUUGGGUUCAAGUUCUGUUCAUUGAAACAUCAAGAGUUCUCCACAUCUGAUAUGGCAGGUAAUCCUUCGGAGCUGCUUAACACGCCUGUACGGCUUGCCAGAGGUGAUGAGAUAUUUGGCGAGGAAUUUGUCAACAGCCUGCAUGCGUUGCAGGUGGUGCAAUUUUACCAUUUGAAAGCUUCAGAACUGAUUUCAUCAAGAAGAAAACAAGUUGAUGGCACAGAAUCAACUGAAUCUCAUCUCGCGAAUAAAAUGAAUGACACGGAAGUAUUGGUUUUGCUUUUUGACCAUCAACUUGCAGAGAAAAUUCUUGGCUACAUGUCCUCUGAUGAAAUUUUGUCUUUUAGUUGGGUUUCUUUGAAACUUGCCCUCACCAGAUGGGAGGAAUAUAUGUUCUCACUGUAUGAAGAGCUGUUGAUGCUUAUUCCACAUUGGGUGUUCCAUCAGACUCUCUUUCUGGCUCCCACUGCUGAGCAAUCCAGCUGUAGUCAAAAUUCAGGUUAGUCCUCUGAUUAUUUACAUUUGGUCAUGUAGUCCCAGAGUUUAUAAAAAUGCUAAAUUAGUUCCCAAAAUCUUUCAAUUGGGAGGUAAAAUAGUUUUCAUUGGAGAUUAUUUCAACCAUAUAAAACAGCUCUAGGAAUAAAUAGCCACUUUUAUAAACUUUCUGGUAAAGAGUGAGGAGACUAUUUUAAACCACCUCUUAUUUUAAAUUUAUACAAGUAAAUAUGUUUGUUU